AUGAGCCAUCUACGUGAUCUCGAGAAUAAUCCCGACGCCCCUGCUUCAAAGCGGCACAAAGUGAGCAAAACGAUAGAGUCUUGUAUCGUGCGAAGAUUCGACACUCGUAAACGACUGGCGUGGAGUGAGUUUCUAGCAACGAGGUGUUUCCUGCACGUUCCAGAAGACUUGUUCGACGUCUUUGAGCUGGCAUCGGAACUAUAUCCCGAUCGUCCAUGCGAGGCUUUUGUGGCUACGCUUGGAAUUCGGCUCUGUGGACCAUUUGACUUGUUGGCUACGGCGGAUCAGGAGGAAGUGGUCGUAGACAAACCUUUGUAUCUGCAUGGACGCUUCUUCAUCGAUCCCCCGGAGGUGGCCACAGUGAUGGCUGAUAGCUGCAGUGAUGUGGGUCGACACUGGGGAUAUUUUAGAGACGCUCCUGAUCAAGUACCAGAGUAUGUCGUUUGUGCCGAGAACAGUCGCGAGUGCAAGUUUGAUAUCGUCGGAGGCAGUCUCUUUGAUGUCCUGCAAAGACGAUUACUAGAACGCCGAUCGACGCUUGGGGGUGAUGUCAAGACAGCACAUCUACUUGAGAAGAUUGAGACUCACUGCAAUGAAUCAGCAUGUGUUCGAGGAAGAGCCGUGGCAGCACUUCGGGCGAAAAGGGCAAAGACCAGCGUCGCUACGUCGCUCCAUCACCUCGGCAUUGUGGUCCCGCUCGAUGUGAAGACGAACACAGGAUACCGCGAACUGCCUACUACCGGAAAAGACCUUGCAGACCUGCUGCAGCAACUCAAAAGUACCAGUAGCAAGAACUCGCCGGCGCGUCACCGACUGAGUGACCUGGUGACACGCGCAACGAUUGCAAGUGACGAGUGCGACUUUGGCACGGGUCUCUUGCUUGGCCUUGACGUUUUUACUGCUGGGUCAUGCCUUGAGAAACAGGCACUGCAACUACUGCGCGUGGCUUAUCUGCUACUGCGUCGCACUGACUUCUACAAAGUUGCAUCGGGCCACUGCAAAUACCGCAAUGAGGCUGACCCGAGCGCACCAAUCGAUUCUAUCACUUCUUCAGGUCCUAAGACUCUGAAUGAAGAAUCUGAAGCUACGACAAUUAAGCUUCCGCCAUCACCUGUCACUUUACACCGUGCUGGCGGAUCAAUAGAUGCUGCAUGGAACUGA